AUGACCAGUAAUCUGCCACCACUUGGUUCUACAACUAACGAUCAGAGACUACCCCAAAGCGGAGUUUCAUCCAUACCCACAAAUAAAUUGCCUUUACCUAAUGCCAAUGAAGAUUUUGCCACGGGUGUGUCGAAUGGAGAUGUUGACUGGCUAUUUCGAGGUAAAUCAAAGAAAUUGGGGAAAAAGAUGGCUAACAACAAUGCCAAUAAGGAUGAACGAAAGAAUAGUCAUGGUAACAUCAAAAACUCAGAAAAAACUACCGCAAAACCCAAUGAAACUAAACAUGAGUCUAAUGGUGAGAAGUUAGAAUCCAAAGAAACAAAAUCAGAAAAGCCAACAAAGCAUACAACGACUGGGAACCCAAAAGCACCUACCAAUGGACAAAUCUCAAAUGUAACACCAAGUCAACCAAGUCCGAAACAGACCACUUCUGGGUCAACAAAUGCAAAUGAUAUACCUCCAAUUUCUCCUAAACAACCAGAAAAGGCAUCAAAGUUGAAUAAACUAAAAAUUGGGCGUUCAAGAUCGUCUUCUGCAUCAACAGUCGUACCUUCAUCUACAACAGCUUCAACUACUACUAAUCCUGGAGAUCCUAAAAGUCAACCAAAAAGACGGAGCAGUAGUUUUAACUUUGUUACUCCUUCCUUGACGAGUGAUUUGGCAUAUGACGAUCCUGCAUUGGUAUCUCAAUUAUCAAACAAUUCAAAUUCUCUGAACUCAUCCUCGCCUAAUGUUUCUCGUUCAAAUAGCAAAAAAGGUGGGUUAUUCAGUUCACUUUCAUCAAAAUUUAGAUCAAGCUCGGCUUCAUCUAAACAACCACAACUGCAUUCAUCGUCUACACCAUCAACCACAACGACAAAUGGUGGCGGUAACUCGUCCGCUGCUCCAAAAUCAUCCCAUCACUCCCCCAAAUUUAAUCCUUCACUUGUUGGUCCAGUAUCAAAGCACAAUCGAGAAGCUGAAGAUUUGGUGUCUCUUACCAAUACUUUGCCUGCUGGGAGUGGAAUACCAAUUAAACGUAAACCAUCAAUAUCGGGAAAUUCAAUUUUCAAAGAUUCAUUUCUCGAUGAUGCAAGUUCUUCACCGUCAUCUUCAUUAAACUCUGAUGGGGGGCUUAAGUUUUUCAGGAGACGUUCCUCUGUGGCAUCUACACCAUCAACACACGCGUCAACACCUCGAGUGAUUUUGAACAAAAACCCCAAUAGGAGAAAAGUACCCAUUGAAGAAAUAUCUGAAGUUCGAUUGCGUCGGGUUACCUUUUCUGUUGAUAAACUCGAGCACGAUCCGCAACAGCAGAUUCCUUCAAGAAGACCUAAACGAGGUAAUGUUUUAAUUCCACAGGACAUCAAUGCACCACCUCCAAGACUAUGUCUUGGGAUUUCAGUUAAUGAACCAAAUAAUAAAGAUGACGGUAAAUCACACAACCAUUCCAAAUAUAGUGAUCAUGAAAUUGCAUUAGCUGAAGAUGCUCAACGCCGAGCAAUUAUUGAAGCAGAAAAACAUGCUCAAGAAGCUCAUCGACAAGCCAAAAAGAUUGCUCAAGAAGUUUCUGGGUAUAGAUCACAUAGAUUCAUAUCCAUUAAAGAAGGUGGUAGUGUUGGUAAUUCUAACACCAACGGCAACGACAAUGACGAAGAUGAUGAUGAGGUUGAAGAAGCAGUUGAUAAGAAAUUGGCAAAUGAUGUUUCUGUGGAUGGACCGUUGCAUGUCCACGAACAACAUUUCGAAGAAGAAAUUGAAAGCAAAACAGGUGAAAAGACCAUUUCAUUGGAAACAAUCUAUACAAGAUGUUGUCAUUUACGAGAAAUUUUACCAAUCCCAGCAACAUUGAAACAAUUGAAAAAUAAGACAGCACCGUUGGAAGUGUUAAAGAUGCUCAACCCAAAACCAACUUUAAUUGAUGUGUUAUCUUUUUCAGAUUUUAUUGCCAUUACACCUAUUAACACGGUCAUUUUUGAUAACGUGACUAUGACAACAGAGAUGUUGAAAAACUUUCUUGGAUCGUUGACAUAUAAUAAACAAUUGGAAAAGUUAUCGUUAAGAAAUGUUUCCAUUGAUGAGUUGGGAUGGAAAUAUUUGUGUGAAUUUUUGGCAACAAAUAAAACAGUUAAGAAAUUGGAUAUAUCACAACAACGUAUCAAGCCAGAUACCCCAGACACAAGCAUUCGUGGUAAUAUGAACUGGGACUUAUUUAUUCGAUCAUUAAUUUUGCGUGGUGGAAUAGAAGAAUUGGUUAUCAAUGGAUGUAAACUAUCCGAUGCAAUAUUUGAAAAGUUCAUCAAUCAAGCGGUUAAGAAGUCAACCUAUCGAUUAGGUAUUGCUGGUAUUGAUUUGAAUGUUAAAAAAUCAGAAAUGGUCACAUCGUGGUUAACUGAUGGUAAUUCUCAAUGUGUUGGUGUUGAUAUUGCUUUUAAUGAUUUGAGCAAGGGACAAUUACGUCCAUUCAUUAAUGCGUUUAACACUGGCAAAGUCAACAAUUUAGUGUUUUUUUCAUUGAAUUCAACCAAUUUACUGAACAUUGAAGAAACUUCUGACUUGAUCAAGUCAUUAAUUAAUGUUAAAACAUUACGAUUUUUAGAUUUAAGUUCCAUACCUAAUAUCUUCCCGAAAAUAAUUACCCAUUUGGACAAAUACUUGCCCAGAUAUCCUAAUCUUCGAAGAAUACAUUUUGAUCUUAAUGAAUUAACCGCACAAGCUAUUGGGUCAUUGGCGGGGUGUUUACUGAAAAUGCCCCAAUUAGUUCAUGUCUCGUUAUUGGGUAAUAGAAAUUUGUCAACUACGUCAGCAGCUACAUUAUACGGAGCAGUUAAACAAUCCAAGACCUUGUUUGCUCUUGAUUUGGACUACGAUUUAAUACCUGAUCAAUUAUCACAACGUAUUGCCUUUUAUUUGAUGAGAAACUUGGAAUACACUUUGAAGCCAUCUCAUGGCGGCAAUAUUGAAAGCAAUCCAGAAAAACCAGAGGAUUUGAUGUAUGAUGGAUCGUUAUUAAUGGAAACAGCUGAAAAAUUAUUAGUUGAAAUAGAAAAGGGUAAGAAAGAGGAUAUCAAAAUGCAAAGAAUUAUAUCCGAUUCAGUAUUGGAAAGAACAAGAUCGAUUCGUAAGGAUAUUCACAAAACCAUUGAUACAUUAUUCGAACAAAGAAAUUUAGGUAAAUUAUCAUUUGAAGGUAAAGAGAAUUUAGUUCGAUUUUGUUUAUUAGAUUCGUCUUUAGAAAAAUUGGUUGUUAUGGUUGAGGAACAUGCCAACGGAUUAUUAUUAACACCAACGACCUCCACGGACGAUCUCAGAAGUAGAGCCAUGUCGCCAUCGGUCACUGUUGAUACAAUCCAUGAAAGUGCAAAUGAGUUGAUUACUGCUGGACCAAUUUUAUCACCACAUGUCAAUAGGAAAGCAGAACAAAGCUCGUAUUUCCCAGUGUUUGCCAAUAAUGAUAAUUUGACCCCUCAUCAAGUUGUCGUUGAGUCAAAUGAUGAAGGUAGAGAUGUUCCAAUAGAUAAAAUGACAGGACGACCAGUUUUGAUUCGAUCAAUUAGUCAAACUUCUGUGCAUGCAAAAGAGCAAGAAAUUGAAGAAGGGGAGCUUCAUAAAUUUGGAUUCUUUAUUCAACAAAAAGAGAGACAAAAACAACAACAACAACAACAACAACAACAGAACUCACACCACCAGCACCAACCGGCCCAGCUGAUCCAACAAGAAAACCAGCUGCCGCUGCCACAACAAGGAAAAUAUGAAGAUUUACCGAUAUUAAAUACAUUACCGUCAGGACCAGAGUUGAGAGAUGCUAUAAUGGCAGCUAAGGGAGUAGCAAAUGUUACUGAAUUAAUUGAUCGAAUUAAUAAUCAUCGUGUUAAAAUCGAUGCACCAUCGACAAAACACCAUCAUGAAUUGAACAAACCAAAUUCUGACAAAGUAGUUGAGGAUGAAGUUGAAGUUUCUGAUAAUGCCUCUAUUGAUUCUACUAAUGGUGACGAUUUACAUCAACUUGGUGACGGUAAACAUAAUGGUAAUGGUACGGUUGAUCCCAUGGUUAGUGAAGUUUAUGACAAGUUGUUAAAUGAUGCUGAACGAGUCAGACUGAAUAGAGAUAUAUAA